AUGCUGCUAAGGGAGGUUCUGCUGGGAAUUACAGGCAAGGACUUCACCUUGAUCGCGGCCUCCAAGGCUGCGAUGCGAGGUGCCACUAUUCUGAAAGCUGCCGAUGACAAGACCCGACAACUGAACAAGCACACCCUGAUGGCGUAUUCUGGAGAAGCAGGUGAUACUGUGCAAUUUGCCGAGUACCUCCAGGCCAAUGCUCAGCUCUACUCGAUGCGCAACGAGACCGACCUGUCACCGUCAGCACUGGCGCACUUUGUCCGUGGCGAGCUUGCAUCGAGCCUGCGGUCACGGAAGCCAUACAAUGUCAACCUCCUCCUCGGCGGAGUCGACCCCAUCACACAGAAGCCCAGCCUGUACUGGCUGGACUACCUUGCGUCACUGGCAGAAGUGCCUUACGCUGCCCACGGCUACGCGCAAUACUACUGCCUAUCCAUCCUCGACAAGCACCAUCACCCCGACAUCACUCUCCAUCAGGGUAUCAAGAUCCUGAACAAGUGCACGGACGAACUGAAGAGGAGGAUGCCUAUCGAUUUCAAGGGCAUGACUGUGAAGGCAGUAACGAAGGACGGAAUUAUCGACAUUGAAUUCGAUGAUGACAAGGUGGUGAAGAGUGCUUAA